AUGGAUCCUACCCACGAAUGGUUCCAAACUCAAAUGCCUGGGUUCAAUGUGCCCUUGAAUGCUGCACCGGCUCCAAACAUCAACGAGCUACGCCGGUCGUGGUUCCCAAUUGAUUUUGAAAGCAGUAUUGACGAAAUGUUGAAGAGGGGGGCCACUUUGACUCACAUCUCCAAGGGCUUCUACAACGCGCUGGACCCGAAUCAUCUGCACGAUAGUAGACUUGACAAGCUCCUUGUUAAGAGAGAAAUCAUUAUGAUGCAAAUAAUGAAUACCAUCACUGACAAGCCCGAAUGGGAACGAAAGGUCUGUGACGAGACCAUCACCAACAAAUGGCACGAAGAGAUCGCCCAGAGUGGGCAAGAUGUUACGCCUAAAAUGAUGGACUGGGUAAUCAAAGAACUGCAGUGGAAGAAAUCUUGUCUCGAGAAAAACGGAUAUCUCGAGGUCUUUGAAAAUGUGAUUAAGUCGGAUACCGCCAUUUCCAAAGAGCUUCAGGAUGCGUUGAAAGGGGCAGUGAACCUUCUCGAGGAUGUUCUCGAGGACCAGAAGGACUACCACCCCGGCUCUGAUGACAAGGUACUAGACCUCGUGCACCCAUCCCUCUUCCCGGUUCUCUACGGCAAAACGCGAGUCCUCCCUGAUAAGAUUCUCGGCAUUGAAGACUGCCUUGACUAUAUCGGGGAAGGCGAAGUCCUUCCUACUCCUCCAGAUAGCGAGUCUGAGGUCAAUUCUAGUGACAAGCGCCGCAGGAGAGGAUUACCCAAACUACCUAUGCUGAGCAUGAAAUUCCAGUGGAUGCCAUGUGACAUAGACAUCUCAAAGGAUGGAGAGUGUCGCAUCUUGUCCUAUAUCAACAACGCCCACCCAGUCAAGCACCGCGCGCUAUACCAAUCUAUUGAAAAGAUCAUUUCACGAACUGUACCCCUGUGGGAGGCAUCUCUUACUGAAAAGAAUUACCCCCAGAGAAUUUCGUACAAGGAUUUCGAAUGGGAAGAAGGCUAUGGAUAUGGAGAGUUUCCGGAAUGGGACGAAAAGGAGGAAGAGUAUGACGGAAAAGGUGACUUUCAGGAACAUCAGAAGCAUAUUGAAGACCAAUACAAGCGCCAGAAAGAAUAUGAGGCUACUCGCAAAGUCAAAAUUCCCGAGCCGGGGGAAUUCAAAAUCCCCGAUCCAAAGAAUGACCGGGUGAAGCCUAUUAAUUUCCGAACAGACUUCUGCCAUCGCAAACUGCAGGUCAUUGUCAAGUUGGCGAAUAUUGAGCUGACACCCGGGAAACCUGAGUACGAGGGUGGAAGCUGGCAUAUUGAGGGCCAACUCAACGAACGCAUCGUGGCAUCAGCAAUCUACUACUACGAUAGCGAUAAUAUCACCGACAGCUCGCUUGCUUUCCGCCAUCGCGGAAUGACUGAUCAUAUGAACGACCUCGGAUACGAACAAGACCAACACCAAUUCAUGCAACAGGUAUAUGGCUAUUCCAUCGAGUUGGAAAACAACAGCCCCUGCCUGACGACGCAAGAACUCGGCAGCGUGGUCACCAAGGAGGGGAGACUCAUCACCUUCCCCAAUACGCUUCAGCACUGCGUAAGUCCAUUUUCGCUGGAGGAUCGGUCCAAGCCUGGUCAUCGCAAGAUUCUCGCGUUGUUCUUAGUGGAUCCGCACCGACGCGUUAUUUCUUCGGCCAAUGUGCCGCCGCAACAAGAGAAUUGGAAGAAGAGUAAGGAGACUUCUACUGAGAAUGAGACGCCUGUCGAGAGUCAGAGCUCUGAUCGACCAGCGAAAAAGCAGAAGGUCAAUCAGGUCGAAACGGAAACGGUGGACUGUUCGGCUAUGUCUUUAGAAGAAGCUAAGGCGUACCGACUUGAGCUUAUGAAAGAGCGUGGCCUCAAAUCAGCGAAGCAGAACAAGCAGUUUCAAGAGGGUCAUUUCAGUCUCUGUGAGCAUUAG